GAUUGUCGUGAAAUGGUCGACUGAGUAGACUCACUUUAGUGUAGUAAUUCUUGAGUCGGAGUUUGAUCGUUAAGUAUUCACUUUAAAUUAAACUGUUCAUGCAUUGCUAUUUGUUUCAUCAUUUGAUUCGAGAGCACGUUAUGCUGAAGCAUCCAUCUUUCCGACCCAAUUCGACACGUCGUCGCGGUUGUAGUCGCGCCCUAUCGCCGUAGAUAUCUAUUUCCCCUUGACAAAUCGUUUACAAAUUUUGGUCUUUCAUUUGUCGCUGCCCAAUCUUUUUAAAUUCGAUUAUUUCACUUGUAUCGACUGGGCAUUAAUUACUAAACGCGAUGGAAGCCUACGUUCUCAACGAAACUGCUUUGAUCCUCAUGGCAUCCAGACUGGCCACGACUCAGAAUAAUUUGAAUGAUUUCUUUAUAGUCAUUUCCGCCAUCUUGGUUUUUGCCAUGCAAGCUGGAUUUUCUUUGAUGGAAACUGGAUUGGUUCGUUCCAAGAACGCCACCAACAUCUUGAUGAAGAGCACGUUGGACGCAUUUAUUGGUGCCACUGUUUACUGGCUUGUUGGCUACGCAUUCGCGUAUGGCGAUGGCAACGAAUUCAUUGGCUGGACAGGAUUCGCCUUGCAAGGAGUUUCACCCAACAAGAUUUCGUUCUGGUUUUAUCAAACCAUUUUUGCUAACACUGCAUCGACAAUUGUUAGUGGGGCAACAGCUGAGCGCAUAAACUUGCCAGCUUUCUUCAUCUAUGCAUUUCUCCUGACUGGAUUCCUUCACCCAGUAGCGAGCCGGUGGGUCUGGCAUCCGUCUGGUUGGCUCAAAGUGAGAGGUGUAAUCGAUUUCGGUGGCGGUGGUUGCGUCCACAUGCUCGGUGGCGUUAGUGCCCUGGUGGCCUGCCUUAUGGUCGGUCCGCGUAUUGGUCGAUACGAUAAUAAGACGAUGAAGAAAUUUGCCUAUCGGGGUCACUCGAACACUUUGACGGGUGUUGGAGCUUUCCUUCUCAUGAUGGGUAUUAUGGGCUACAACAUGUCCGCACAGAUGGAUCUGUCCCAUCCGGGAGAUGGAGUGGCCGUCUCUGUUUCUGCCGUCAACACCUUGUUAGCUGGAAGUGCUGGAUCUAUCGUCGCUACUAUUUUAGGUCGUGCUACGCCGACUGGCAGUUAUCGAUGGAGUUACAACACGAUGUUGAACGGUGCCAUCGCAGGCAUGGUAUCGUCCUGCGCAGCCUGCAACGCUAUGCCAUUCUGGGGUGCCUACGUCACUGGUGCUGGAGCAGGUUUUCUCUUUUUUGUUCUCCGAGCAGUCAUCAAUCAUCUGCAUGUGGACGAUCCGCUUGACGCUUUUGCAGUCCAUUUUGGUGGGGGUUUUUCCGGUAUGGUAUCUGCUCCCUUGUUGAUAAACACCGGUGUUAUAUUGGUGGGUGAUGUUCGUUCUGCAGAGGUUUUGGGUUGGCAAUUGGUCGGUGUUGUGGUGCUGAUUGCUUGGGGUAUUGGGUUCUGUUCGCUCGUGUUUGGCUCGCUCAAAUAUUUCAAGAUUCUUCGCGUCGAUUCUUGCGUUGAAGUCCAGGGCAUGGAUUCGAAGAAGCACGGUGAACCUGCGUAUCCAGCGGAAUCGUGGGAAGAGCAACAGUACUGGGAUCAUCAAGCUCAACGGUUAGUUUAUUCGUUGAGUUCAGAAAAAUUAAACGCAGCUGUCCAUGGCCAGAAGGAAUUAGACUCAAUCGCUACAAUCGAUUUGGGCGUUAACAAUAAUUUUCGUCUGACUGGAAUGCCACCUCAAAUGAAUUUUGCCCAUCUCAUGCUGACGGAUCACUUUCAGAAGAGCCUUCUCUCGCUGGAAAAUCAACACACCGGUUGGAAUUUCAUUACUAGAAAGUAUUAAUAUUCUGACUUUUAAUUACUUCUUAAUUUGACUAAAAGUGGAGUAUUUUUUUACUUAAUUUUUUUUUAACGCGUGAUUUUAACCAACAAAUUCCUAAUGUACAUAACAAAUGGAUGUUAUAUUAUAUCUUUAUAAUACACUACACGCACGAUGGCAACAUGGCGUUGCUGUGACAUGUUUAACAACCGACAA